AUGGUUGAAGAAAAUUGGUACGAAUCUAUUCGAGGCUUUUUAGUUGACAUCACAGGUGUCUUAUACAAUAGCGGUGGAAUUGCCAUUGAUGGAUCCAUUUUAGCUGUUAACAGACUUUAUAGUGAGUCCAAUGUGCGUUUUGUGAGUAAUGAAAGUUCAUCAACGAGGGAAGGAAUUUGUACAAUGCUUCGUAAACUUGGGUUUGAAUCUAUUCAACCGGAUCAUAUUUUUACUCCUGCACCUGUUGCCGCAAAAUAUUUAACCAAACAUGGGUUGUCACCUCAUCUUCUUGUCCACAACAACGUUUUGUCCGAAUUCUCUAAUUGCAUUAAUUCUCCAAAUGGCCGCCCUUGUGUUGUACUUGCUGAUGCAGAGUCAGAUUUGGAUUUUAUAAAUAUGAACAAAGCAUUCCGUGUUUUACAUUCCUCUUCAAAUCCACUUUUGAUUACGUUGGGAAAUGGUAAGUUUUACCACCGUGCAGACCAAGGACCGUGUUUGGACACGGGUGCUUAUGCUUCAGCAUUAAAAUUUGCUGUUGAGGAUGCUGGAAGGUGCUGUGAGCAUCUUGUGAUUGGAAAACCAGAAGAAACUUAUUUUAUGUCUGCAGUUGAAGACCUUGGCUUGACAAAAGAACAGGUUGUAAUGAUUGGUGAUGACAUUUCUGGAGAUGUUGAUGGAGCACAAAAAGUUGGAAUCAAGGGGAUACAAGUUCGGACUGGGAAAUGGAGACCGGAAUGGGAAAAACAUCCUACAAUCAAACCUGAACUUAUUGUUGAUAAUCUUUUGGAAGCUGUCUCACUUAUCUUGGAUAGUCAGCAAAGACUUAAGAAUUAA